UUCAGAUCUGCAUCAUCUCAUCACCUCAUCAUGAAGCUGCUGGCUGUGUGUGUCCUGGUUUUCUCUGUGAUGGCUCAGACCAGAUCUGACGUGAGCAUUUCUGAAGUAUUCAUCUCAUCUAUUCCAGAUGACGGUUCCACUGAUCCAGAAGAAGUUGACUUGGUCCAGAGAUCUACUUGUCCUCCCGGCUGGUCUCCAAUCAACAAUCGCUGCUUUCGCUAUGUUUCCAGACCCAUGACUUGGGCUAGAGCUGAGAGACACUGUCUGUCCAUGGGAGCAAACCUGGCAUCAGUUCAUGACAUGAACGAGUACCAUCAGGUUCAGACUCUGAUAAAAAUGGCAACUUACAAGUCCGAUGAAACAUGGAUUGGAGGCAAUAAUGCACAGGAGACGAGCAUUUGGUUUUGGAGUGAUGGAAGACCUCUUCGCUAUACAAACUGGUGUCACGGAGAGCCUAAUAAUGCUGGAAACAUGCAGCACUGUUUGCAGAUGAACUAUUCAGGUAAAAACAUCACACAAGUGUGUUUUUUCAGAUCGUAAAAUGACUCAUAGAUGAGAAGCUGGUUUAGUCUGUAUGUAAACUGUUUAGAUACUAUGCG